AUGUUAAAAAGUUAAUCAACAGAACUAUUUGUUAGUCCUGAAGAAUUAUAGAGAAUUACUUUCUUUGCCACUCAAAAUCAAAGAAACAGUCAUAAACCAUAUAUCUCUAAUGUUAAAUAGGAGGAAUAUACCUUUAAGCCUUAGGUAAGUAAUUAUAAGAUAAUUAAUUGUAGAUCAAUAAGAAAUCAGUUAACAUCUAAAGAACAGUUGAUGAUCUCUUAAGAUGGAAUGAAAGGAAGUCAUAAAGAUUAUAGCAGUGCUAUGAUGAUACUGUAAAUGUUCAUUUCUAAUUAGAUAGACAUAAGAAUUAUAAUAAAAUGCCAACCGCUUAACUCAUGAAGUUGAUACCAAUUAACCUAGUGUUUUUGAGAGAUUAUAUGUAGUAAGAAAGAGCAAUGAAACUAUUUAAUGUAAAUGUUCUUUUGCAAUUCAUUUAUAUUUAGAGACCACAAAGCGUAAUACAUCUGAUUCACAUCCUUAUUUUACUAAGAAUAUGUCAAAUACAUUAUAUUCUGAAUACAAAAAGUAAAUGAGUGGCACUCCAGAAUAAUAAGAAAGUGAACAUUAAUAAGUUUUGGAAUAAGAAGAGACAACUCCUCAAAAAGUAUGUCUGCCAAAUAGAUUCUAUUUUGAUCAAUCAGAAUAACAAUAAAAUACUGAACCUGAAGUAUAAUACUUCAUUUAUAUUAUUGCAUAGCCUAAAGUCACAAUUCCAUAGCAUAUGUUUGUAGAUUUUAGAUAACAAAUCAAAUAGAUUAAUGAUGAACCAGAGCCAAUUCCUUCCAAGAAACCUAUGAAUAAAAAAGAAAUAGAUUUGAUGGUAGAAAGGUAAAGUAUAUGUAAUCAUUGAUAAAUAGAAUGAAUAAUUGGCUUCAAAAAAGAAAUUAUAAGAUUUAAGAGUAAUAAGAUAGACAAAUACAAAAUGAAUCCAAUGAAUGUACUUUCUAUCCAAAACUUAGCUGUACUAAAUAAAGUAAAUUAUAAUAAUCAAUUCAAAAUUCUCAAAGAGUUUCAUAACAAUCCUCAUAUUCCAAUUUAUUCAGAAGUAAAAACAAUUGA